AUGAUAUCAAUCUUUAGAAGAGCAUCAGAAAUAAUACUAACUAGUUUCUUGAGUAUAUUUCCAAUAGAUCAUGUGGCAAUCAUAUUGGAUGGGAAUAGGAGGUUUGCAAAAGUAAUGGGAAUAUCACAAUUGGAAGGACAUAGACAAGGUGCAUUUUUGAUUAAGAAAAUAUUACCUUUAUUUAUAAAGCUAAGAGUAAAAUAUCUUUCAAUGUUUGUUUUUUCAAUAGAGAAUUUUUCUAGAGAUCAAGAAAAUGUUAACAAUACGUUUAGUGUAAUUAAAGAUUAUAUUUUAAGUGAGGGAAAUUGGUUAAAUGAAGAAAAUUCCAAAGUUGUGAUUUCCGGAAAAAUUGAAAUGCUUCCAAAAGACCUAAUGGAUGUUUUAAAGGAUUUAGAAUUUAAGACAAGAAAAAAUACGGGGAUUGUUCUUAAUAUUUGUUGUGCUUAUUCUUGGACUUCAGAAUUAGAAAUGGCAUCUAAAAAAUACCUUGAAAGCUUUACAACUAUUCAAAAAGAUUGUCUUGUAAAUACUAAUGCUAACUCUGAAAACCAAAUUCAAGAUUUAACUCUUACGGAUGAAAAAUUUAAAUCAUUUAUAUAUAAUUCUGAGAUCCCAUUUCCCAAUAUACUAAUAAGAACUUCAGGUGAAACAAGACUUUCUGAUUUCUUAAUUUACCAGCUUUGCCACAAUACUAGAAUAUAUUUUGUUAAAACCCUUUGGCCCCAGAUAAACAAUUUAAAGAUACUUAUAAUUAUUUUGCACUAUGUUAUUUUCUACUUAUAG